AUAGAUGUGUAGGUUAUUUUCCUUUAGCAUCUCGAACGUUUCGCUCACUAGUUUAAAAGGGAAUAAAAUAUAUUUUAAAGAAAAGAUCAUUUGUAAAAUAAAAGACAAUGGAUGAUGAGGACGAUGCGAACUUUUUGCCGCCGGCGAACACAAACACCUUUGCCAUACCCAAUGAGCCGGAUUUGCUGGUGGAAUAUGAGCUCUACAGGCCCUCCAUGGGCACAAGGCGGCUCCAUAGUGAGCUCAAUCGCGAGGUCUACUCCGAGGCGUUUAUCGAGAACGAGCGACUGGGCACACUGGCAGAUCUGUGUGUGCGGGCGUUGGCCAAAAUGGGCACCAGAUAUAUUGUGCCGCUAGUGAAACAGGAUCCGUUGAAGCUGCGCGUUCAUUACGAUGCCCUGGACGUUAAUCUGCCGCUGAAGGACUGUUAUUUUGUGGACGAUGUGCGCUUCUGGCGACGGGUGGUGCUCGCCAAAAGCUCGGAAAAGACGCUGUCGCUGAAGAAGAUCGAUGAGUAUGACUGGAAGGGUAAGGGUGUGAGCCUUAAGUAUGUAGAACUGGUUGAAGCCUGCCCGGCUGCCUACUGGCCAGAGAAGCAAAUGGCCGAGCUGGGAUACCUGGUGCGGCAAUAUGUUCGAACGAUGCACAUACAACAUCUGCAGUCGCUGACGGAUGAUUCCUUUACGCACUACGUGGAAAGUGAAUCGGAGCUGGACAUUUCCUCGGAAGAGUCUGAAAUAUCGGAGAUAUCCAGCGAUGAAAAGGAUACAAUGGACGAAGAAGAGGAGUGUGAGGAGGAGGAGGAGGUGGUCAUAGUGCAUCCACUGAAAAAGAAGCGUGGAGAGUCCGCAGUGCGAAUAGAUGAGCAGAAGACAAGAGUAAUUGAAAUUGAUGUACGUUCCAUUUCAACCGCUUCCUCGGAUGAGCAGGGAAGCAAGCAAAUGGAAUUAAUUUACCUGGAAGCGCAGCAGAAGCGUCGUCAAGCCCGCUCUGCCCGCAAUGCAGCUCGACAGCAGCUGCGCGACUUGCACGCCGAGAAGAAAGCAGAGCACGAGCGACGCCAAAGGAAUCGAGAGCUUCUUCGUAUGCCGCCCGAACCGGAGCCGAAGAAAAAGAAGAAAAAGAAGGCCAAGCAAUUGCCGAUCGAGGGUGUCUUCGAUUUGGCCGUCGAACCAGAGCCGGAGGAUAACGAGGACAAAGUGGCGGAUGCCCGCAACAAGGAGAAGCUGCUGCGACGCAUCAAGCGCUACGAUUAUCCCGCCAAGCAUUGCCAUCACAUAGAUCUCAGCUUUGUGCGCUACUUUGAUCAACUGGUCACGCUUACCCUCGAGUUUCUUGGCCCCGAUAUGGAGCUCAACUAUCACAAGCGGCACAUGAACUUCUCCUACGAUGACAUGGUGCAUCUAGCGAAUGGACUGCGCACAUUGCACCAGCUUAAAGUGUUCCGGUUGCGCAAUAGUCGAAUGGAUCACAUCAAGCUCUUGAUAUUGGCGCGUGUCCUUAAGCAGCUGGACGCGCUGGAGAUUGUUGAUUUUGGCUACAAUCAGCUGAAUGAUAAUUGUGACGUGGCAUUGGAAAUGCUGCUGGAACGCACGAAAAUGUACAAAGCGCUGGAGCUGGAGUAUAAUAAGCUGGAACGUACUGCUGUCCAGGCCAUCGGAAACGCACUUAGAUGUCAUUCCUUUGAAGAUCCCGAAGGCAGCCCUUUGGAGUAUCUAGGUCUGGCCCAUAAUCCAAUUUCCGAUACUGGCCUGUCGAUGCUAAUUCACGAUAUCAUUGGCACCAAUAAUGUCGAGGAGCUGAACAUCAAUGGCAUUGAGACUGCUCCCCCCCAGGUGGCAUCCAAUAUUAGUUUUCUGCUGCGCAAUCAUAAGCCAUUGCGCCGCCUAGAUAUGGCGGCCGUAAGGCUGAAUCCAGCAGUGGGACGUGAUAUAAUAUGCGCACUGCAAACGAACCACAAGGUCACCCAUUUCGAUUGUCGGGCCUGCGAUCUGGACUCGGAUGAGGAGUUCGAGGUGGAUGUCAUUGUAAGGCGCAAUAACUAUGAGCUUCAGCAUUCGUUUUUGGGAGAUGAGACCCAAACGGAGGAGAGCCUUCUCCAACAUUUAGCUGGAUUAAGGCAUCCCAUUUUAACGAAAAUACAGAAGGACUUGGACCGACGGGACGAGUGCAUCAGGAAUCGACCAUCCGAAUCAUCCACUGAUCUGAGCGUCCACGAGGAGCAAGACGAGGAACAGGAGGAGGAAUUUGACAUUUGGAAAAUGCUUGGUGUUAACAAAUCAGAAAUAAAGCAAGAGAUUGAGCGCCACUCAAGUAUCUCCUCGUAUCACAGCAAUAGUGCCUUUGUCUACAAUUCGAAUGCCUUCACUUUGCAGGAGUUCCGCGAGCAUCUGUAUUUGCCGGGACCCGGUAACCGGUAUUACUUUUUCCAAAAACAAAAAGAGUUGUAAACACUUCAUUUAAUUAGUAUUUAGAUGGGAAGAAUAGGGUAGGAGGUAACUAGGCUUCUUUUUUUUUGUGCAGUUCGUUAAUCGCAAAAUUUGGUGUUGUAUGAAAGAAUAUAUGGAAUGAAAAUAAUUUA